GGGCUCAUACAGCGUUGAGCCGUUGACUGCUUAAGAGGAAAGAAGCUGACAAGGUACGGCGGCGUUUACACUUCGCCGAUCUCAAACGGCGAGACGACGAGUGGCACAAUUCACGCACUCUUUCAACGGCAGUUGCGAAUAAUCCAAAACAAACACCACCAUCCCUCGCCCCUCCCCUCCGCCGCGUCGCCGCCGUGCUCUCCUCCGUCCCCUCCCUCCUUCCGUUUCAAAAAAACGGCAAAAUUAACCCCUCCCAUCUGAUGAGCAGCACGACUCUUCGACGCCUCAGAGAGUCAAAUCCAACCCCUGCCAUCUGCCGAAUACUCCAUUAAUUUAUUCAAUCCAAAACCUCCAUAUUUAAACUCACUCCACAUCCAACUCCCAGGAUGCCAUCUCCAGCGCGAAGGCUCAUGGCGAGCAUCUCCAGUACCUUAUCGCUGAAGCACGGGCUGUCGCUUCGUCCCACGCAUCAGCAGUCCGCUUCACUUAUCCGCACCUCGCCGGCGCCGGGAAUCGGGUUUCGAAGUUUCAGGAGGAGUUUCGUCGCAGCUUCCUCCUCUGCCUUCUCAAACGAGAAUCGCGAGUUUGUGAUCGUCGGGGGCGGGAAUGCAGCGGGAUACGCAGCCCGGACUUUCGUCGAGCACGGAAUGGCCGACGGGAAACUCUGUAUGGUGACCAAAGAGCCACAUGCCCCUUAUGAGCGUCCUGCUUUAACAAAAGCAUAUCUGUUUCCUCUAGAUAAGAAGCCUGCACGUUUACCUGGCUUCCAUACUUGCGUUGGUUCUGGUGGGGAAAGACAAACUCCAGAUUGGUACAAAGAGAAGGGGAUAGAGAUGAUCUAUCAAGAUCCAGUUGCGAGUAUCGAUAUUGAAAAGCAGACUGUUACAACAAAUUCAGGCAAGCUGCUCAAGUAUGGUGCUCUUAUUGUUGCUACGGGGUGCACAGCUUCAAGGUUCCCAGAGAAAAUUGGAGGAAAUUUGCCUGGUGUCCAUUACAUCAGGGACGUGGGAGAUGCUGACUCGCUGAUAUCAUCUUUGGAAAAGGCAAAGAAGGUAGUCGUUGUUGGGGGUGGUUAUAUCGGUAUGGAAGUAGCUGCGGCAGCUGUUGGUUGGAAACUUGAUACAACGAUUGUGUUCCCUGAGAAUCAUCUGUUGCAAAGGUUGUUCACUCCUUCACUUGCUCAGAGAUACGAGCAGUUUUACCAAGAAAACGGCAUUAAGUUUUUGAAGGGUGCCUCUAUAAAGAACCUAGAAGCGGGUUCUGAUGGUCGAGUUUCUGGUGUUAAGCUAGAAGAUGGAUCCACUUUGGAAGCUGAUACGGUGGUAAUUGGAAUUGGUGGGAAGCCAGCUGUAAGUUCCUUUGAAAGUGUGGGAUUGAACUCCUCUGUUGGUGGAAUAGAGGUCGAUGGUCUGUUCAGGACAAAAGUACCAGGAAUAUUUGCAAUUGGAGAUGUUGCAGCAUUCCCUUUGAAGAUGUACAACCGCAUAGCACGAGUUGAACAUGUAGACCAUGCUCGUCGAUCUGCCCAGCACUGUGUGAAAUCGCUGCUUACUGCUCACACUGACACGUACGACUACCUCCCUUACUUCUACUCAAGGGUUUUUGAGUAUGAAGGGAGCUCAAGAAAGAUCUGGUGGCAGUUCUUUGGCGACAAUGUUGGCGAGACAGUUGAAGUAGGAAACUUCGAUCCAAAAAUCGCUACAUUCUGGAUAGACUCUGGUAAACUGAAUGGAGUUCUUCUGGAAAGCGGAAGUCCAGAUGAAUUUCAGUUGCUUCCCGAACUAGCUAGGAGGCAGCCUGCGAUCGAUAAAUCGAAGCUUGAGAAGGCAUCUUCAGUUGAAGAAGCACUAGAAAUCGCCAGGUCUUCCCUGUAACUAUCUUCCGCUGCAUUGCCUCCACUCCAACAGAAGAAGAAAAAAAUCUCUUCCCUGAUAAUGAAAUGGGAGUUUGGUAGGGGAAGUGGAAAAUUGAGGGAAUAUCUUGCUGAAGGAAGCUUCAUAGGGGUUUUCUUCGUUCUUAGCAAGUCAAUAAGUGAUGUGAAGAGGGUCAAUUAUCAUUAGUGCAAAUCAUAGGGGUUGCAAAUUUGAACUUGGCUUCUUCCUUUUUUCUGAUCAAUUUUGUUGAGUAUCAGCUACUUAAGAUGUCAUUUCCCCCCUCAUAACUCUUAUUAUUAAUAAGUAAGUUAUUCACGUCAAACUAUGAAACUUAUGUGUAUUUGUUUGUCUAUGUAUUGAGAAACAAAUUGUACCAUUGUCCAUUAAUUAUGGACACAGCCAAGAGGAGUUGGAAACUUGGGAUGUGGCCGCAUAAAGAAAUGCAGUUUUUCAGUUAUUUCAACCAUUAAUAAAUCAUCAUUUAAACAUUAUACUUAACCACAGUUUAUUUGUAGUAAUUAUGAAUUAUAGUAUGAUACCAUUUUCAUUUUUUCCAGGGACGAAAAUAACUGAAAGUGGCGAAGAUACAUGUAGUUUAGAAGCAGAAUUGAGAUUAGUAGAUGAUUCUUGAGAAAAUAGAAAGUGAUGGAAUUGAGAUUAGUAGCCCAUUUCUCGAGCAUUUAGAUUCAAUAAUGAGAGUAUUGUAGUUUCUCACUUUCAGCCCCUACUGUUCAAGCUUCAUCACUAAUUCAUGUACAUUUAAUACAACUACUCACCCCUAACGUUAUAUAUAUAUAUGGUGACUACUUCGGUGUACUCAUUUUUUUGGGUGCAUACCUCUAAAAGUGGUCAUAAUACAUUAAAUUUUGAAAUUUAAUGGGUUGUAUUAGUCUAAUAUGAUGAUAUAACAUAGAAUCCCGACUAAUCAACCCGUUACCCUAACCUAUUAACCUUCAAUUUUGAAUCUCAACCCAAAAUCCCAAAUUGUAAACCCUAACCCUAAAUUCCUAAACCCUGAAUCAUUCAAAUUAAAGUGAAUCUUGAAUUAUUUUUGUACAAAUUCAUGUGGUUCUUGUUCAUCAUACCACAAGUGAUGAUUGACAUCGUUUUCACAUGAAUCGCCUGCUCAGAAUGACGAUUAUGAGGCAGGUGCAUUGAAUGCACAAAAAAAAGUGAGUGCACCGAAGACAUAACCAUAUAUAUGUGUUAAAUUGAUGGUCUACCAUGCCCCCAAUAUUAUUAGUGUUAUUAUGGUUAUAAUCAUCAUCAUCAUCAUUGCAUGAUUUGUUUAAUUUGAAACGUGGACAUACAAGCAUCAACCCACCCCAAAUCUAGCAAAUGAUCCAAGAUUUAGAGAUGGGACACAUGAAAAGUGGUAAUCUCAUAUCUGUCUCCUCCUCCAUGCAUUCCAAUUGUUCACAAGACUUUGGAAAAAGUCAUUGGAGUGUCUUGAAAAGUAAUGUUCGUGCACUAACUAAUUCCAACCUUUCUGUUGGCUUCUUGGUAAACUUUUACUGGUGAGGAUCCGACCAACCGCAGCACCAUGGAAAAAAGAACACACAGUUGACACUCUACACAUGUUUUUUUAAUUUGCUCUUGCUUGCGUAGGGAAGAUCAGUUUCCUACUUCACCCGACUAUUCGACGUCACCUCAAACAAUAACAAUUAUCCACUAGUUGCAUGGUUUAAUGAAUAAUAAUAACUACCACUCCAAGUUGAGACUACAUACGUACCAAUCCAUAACCAUCUAGACUGAGGGGAGCCGCCUGUUGUUCUUAUGAAAACCCAUUAUAUGUUCCUGUCAUAGGGGUUUCCAGGAUCGAUCUUAAACACCACUUGUUCGAUCUCCUUACCAUCAGCUUUCAGUCCCAUGAUAUAGAUAGUUUCAUUGUAAAACAUUACUACAUAUCGAUAAGAUUUGACAAUUGGGCACUAAACUAAACUUGGUCUCCGGCACGACGUAGUCUAACAUACAUGAGUGAUGUGAGAUGAGUACGUAGUAGUAGCUAAAAUUGAAAGGUCUUUGAGACCGCAUUAGUAAGUAUCUUCCACCUUCAAGCUUUUGUAAUCACAUUUAUUCAAUACUCUUGUCAAAGUGAGUACAAAGGGUAGGCAUAUCAAGGGAUGGCUGAGGUGCCAUGAUUAGGACUAUAUGGUGUCAUAUAUGUUCUGUGUUCGGAAAGUUCCACCGAAGCAAAUAGUACCUUUUAACAUUUUUCUAUAGUCAGCUGGUUGUAUCUUUCGAUACGUUGUCAAAUUAAACAACAAAAUUGACACAUGUAAAUCAGAUAAUAUCAAUUAACGAUUUAUAAUCGAGAAAAUCACGUCUAAAAAACAAAUAUUAGAGAAUCGAGACUAUACUGACCUUCGUGCAUGUUUUACCCUUCCCCUUGUUCUAGUUAACAAUAUAUACAACAGUAUGGUGGGGUUUCAAUUGUUUCAUGUCAUUGUCCAGGAGACCAAUACCCAAAUUAAACAAACUUCUUAAGAAUCGAAGAGUCAAGACUUCAAACCCACACAAUUAAAUUAGGAGGGAGUCCCAACAAAACAUAUAAUAUGAGGAAGAGAAGAAAAGACUUGCGGCCAUAAAUCUUGCAAAGUGGUUAAUCAGCUUAAUCUCUCACAGGAGGCCAGGAAUGGGAGAUGUCUUACCGGCCGCCGCCCCUAAUUAUAAUCUUUCUUAAUGUAAAAAAUGAAACGAAAAAGACCUACUUAAUAAAAGAUUAGUAACAAUCUUAAUCUUUGGGCGGUCAGCAGUUGGAUCUCCACAUCGGAGCCAAUCCUUCUUCUGAUCUAACGUUGUCUAUAUUCAGGGUCUGCAGCAUAGAAAAUGGUUUUUUUUUUUGUAACAAGAGUUCGAUUUUAAAAAUGUGAUUAAGCGUGACCAUGGCUUGUUGUUUGAGCUUGGUUUUCUAAUUUCUAAGGACACGUAGACAAAACUUAAUUGCCAGAGAGGUUUUUUCUGUGAACAGGGUUAAUAUUUAAUAAUGUUUGGAACAUUGAAUUAUUGGAAAAAACGGCUUUGUAGUUGCUAAUUAUUACGAAUCAAGAGCGCCAAAACCCCAAAACCAAACACUCAUCAAAUAAGUUAAUAAACUGAUC